AUGCCAAUCAUCCAGUCGUGUUGCUGCUGGCGAAGCCUCCGCCGAGGUUGCUAUGCUGCCGCUAUAUAUACUAUGAUAUACUUCUCCAUCACGAUAGUCACAAUGGGACAUUUUAUAGACAUGGAACAGAGAUACCUCAACGGCGACCUGAUGGAACCAGAAUCUGAGAGUUUCCUGGAACCGGAUAAGAUAACACCGAUUACCGUGUCACUGAACAUAACGCUGUUGGCCUGCAGCACGAUGGGGCUCAUCUCAUGCGUGAUGCUAAUAUUGGGAGUGUAUAAGGACCUCAAGUUUAUGCUUCUCCCGUGGAUCCUAUCAAUGGGCCUGGAAACACUCGUUGAAGUUAUCAAUGUGGUGUAUCUCUUCUACCUUCAAACACUUGCAAUACCAGAAGACGAAAUGAACGAGAUGACGCUUUCGAUGGCCGAAUUCAAUACGACUGAGGAUGCGAUGGACUUCAAUCCAAUAACGUCGUUUCUCUUCACACUCGACUUCUUCAUCAUCGUGCUCAAUCUGUACGCCAUGGUUUGUGUCAUUUCGCAAUUUCAAGAGUACCUCGAGGGAAGAGGCACCGCUACCUACGACUAUAACGACAGGAUGGCUACCGUGCAGUACACGGCCACCAAUCAGCAAACAACGACCACCAGCUCCGCGCCUAGUGGCCGUCGACGCUCCGCCGGAAGACCUACCCCAAGCCGAUGUGACCCUGAAGAAUUCUCCGAGGCUCCCACUAAAACCAUAACGUCUGUGUUGUCCAAACCAAGUCGAUCAGCUGUGAAGAAACAUGUUCAGUUUCCGGACGAACAGAGCUGCAUUGAAGAGGCUAAUGAACCCAUUGCCGAGGAAGAAACUGUUGCUGAGGAAAAACCAGAUACCCGGGUGAUCAGUUCGCUUUGGAUGGAGCUCGAGACGGCUACCCCAGUGCCGGAACGCUGACGGCGGCGCAGCGAGCAGUACUACCGGCCAGUGACGCGCGCGCGCCGCAAAUUGUCCGUCGCCGGAGUACCGCCCGCCACUGAUGAGAUAAAGGACACAUGCG